AUGUCAGUUGAAACUAGUGGAAUAUCAAACACUGAAAAAAAUUUGGGCAUCACCAAAAUUGGUGAUAAUGAAUUUAGAGGUAUAAAACCAUUAUCUAAGCCAUCACCUAAUUCUAGAGGUGUUUAUGGUGGUAAUUUAUGUGGUCAAAGUAUAAUAGCUGCUAUGGAAACUGUACCUGAAGGAUUCGUACCACAUUCAUUACAUUCAUAUUUUAUUGCUGCUGGUGAAGAUACUGUACCUUGUGAUUAUAAGAUCGAAGAAUUAAGUAAUGGUAAGAAUUUCGCCAACAGAUUAGUAAGAGUAUCUCAAAAUAAUCAAUUAAAAUACAUGGUAAUGAUUUCUUUAACUAAAAGAAAUAGCAUCAAGUUAACCAAGAAUAAUUUUGAAAAGAAUGACAAGAACAUGAGACCUUUCGAAUAUCAAUUACCUCCAGGUUCAAGUUUCUUCGAACACAAAGAUACUGUCGAAAAGUUACCAUACUUCAAUUAUAACUCAGUUAAUAAAAAUACCAUAUUACAACAUAAAUUAACACCAGAAUUCUCAACCAUUGAUGAUAGUGAAUUCGAUAAAACUCCUGGUGAAAGACAAUUAUCAUUUUUCAUCAAAUUAAAUGAUCAAUCUUUACCUACAAGUUAUAGAUAUGGAUCAAUGGGAUUAGUAACAGAUUCAUUAUAUUUAACAUCAGUUUCAAGAAUUUUACAUUUACCUACCAAAGAUGGUAAAACUUUGGGUUCAAGUGGUGGAGUUAAUCACAAUUUCUUUUCAGUUUCAUUAGAUCAUUCAAUUUAUUUCCAUGAUGAUGAUUUUGAUCCAACUAAUUGGUUAUAUUUUAUGUAUCAAUCACCAAGAUUUUCAAAUAACAGAGUUUUAUUCACUGGUGGUUAUUAUAAUGAUAAGGGGAAAUUAAUUGCUUCUAUUGCACAAGAAGGUUUGGUAUUCUUCAAAAAUGAUGCUGAUUUAAGAGCAAGAUUAUAG